CCCUCCCAAAUAGAAAAAACAUUUGUGUUUUACAGUGUUGUCAUUAAUGGAUUGUGCAAAAAUAGUAAACUCGACGAAGCUCAUGCUAUUUUUGAGAAGCUUUCUUCCAUUGAAUUGCUUCCGGAUGUGAGAACAUACACUGUAAUGAUAAAUGGGUUUUGUCUUGAAGGGUUGUUUGAUGAAGUUAAAGGUAUUCUAAGAAAAAUGGAAGACAAUGGUUGUCCUCUAAGCAAUGAAACUUACAAUGUUAUUGUGCAAGGAUUUCUCAGGUGCAAUAAAAUUAGUGAAAUGGCAUCUUUCAUGAAGGAAAUGGGUGGAAGGGGCUUCUUGUUUGAUGCAACUACAACUCGACUUUUGAUAAACAUUGCAAGGGAGAAUCCUUCCGUCGUUAACAUGAUACCAGAGCUUCACUCCAAAAAUAAGAAGUGAAUAUAUCUUUCAGUUGGUUUAUUUGGUUAUUAUACCAUUUUCUUUUGUCCCUGCAUGAGCAAUGGCAUACAAUGCAGUUGCAGAAGUUGAAAAAUGGCAAUUAGAACACCACUUGAGCUUUCCGGGCAGGCUUCAGAG